ACAAAUGCUUUUGGUUUUUUCGUAAAUUCGUAUUUCCUUUCUCAUCUCCUCAAGGCCAAACGCCAGUAAAGAGUCAAGGCCCAGGUCGGUCCCCGCCUUUUAAUGGCGGAAUUAGGGUUUCUCUCUUAAAUACUCCAAUCCCCUCUAUUUCUCUCUCGUUUUCUCUCAAAUCUCAAAAAAAUCAUAGCAGAAUUCCACGAAUUUCCCCUCCAAUCACAGAAAAAACCUCAGAAUUCUCUUCAUUUUGCCCUCUGACACCAUCUUAUCUCUGCAAAAAGGAAAAAAGGAGGAGGAGAAGAACGGUUCCGCACUUCCUCGCCAUGGAUAGUAGGGUUUUUCUCUGUGACCCUAUAACGCCUCCGUUCCCACCGUGAUCGAAUUCGAAAGCUCCAAACACUCGUUUAAAGAAAAAGGCUUCACAAAAUGGCUUCUUCUCAGCAUGUUGAAAUGGAGGCAGCUAAGUUUUUGCACAAGCUUAUCCAAGAUUCGAAGGAUGAGCCUGCCAAACUAGCGACAAAACUUUAUGUGAUACUGCAACACAUGAAAUUAAGUGGGAAAGAGCAAUCCUUGCCAUAUCAAGUAAUAUCCAGGGCCAUGGAAACUGUUAUCAGCCAGCACGGUCUUGAUAUUGAUGUUUUGAAGUCAUCUCGGCUUCCAUUAACUGGUGGAACUCAGAUAGGGGAUCCUGGGCUUGUAAGAUCAAAGGACAAGGAUGCAUCUGACAGUUCAGCACCAAUAGGUGGCUUGGACAUGCCUGUUAAAGGUGGCUCAGCUAAUGCAUCACAUGCUGCGUCAAGUAGUAAGACAAAGGAAGAUGAUCGUGGCAGUGCUAUUGAGAAUGAGAUGGCCAAGCAUGAGGCAAUUAUUUCAAAUAGGCCACCUGUUGGUCCUAGCAGGCUAGAAAGUACAGGACAUGAUGGUCAUCAGGGACCUAUAUCUCAAAGAAGUGCCAAGUCAUUUGAACACGAAAGUCCCACCAGUCUAGGAAUGGAGGACUCCAGAUCUGCAACGUCACGGGAAAGAAAUGAUACUGCCAAACUUGAUAAGAAGGUAAACCAAAGGGAGAAUAAAAAAGCGGGUAGCAAGAGAAAGAAGACAGAUUCAGCACAAGCUGUGGAGGUACAACCUGACAACCCUCAGCAGUUUGAUACGCCUGGUACUGGAUUUAAUCCAAAGAAGGGGAAAAUGACGACGAGAGGUGAUGUUCAAGGGCCAUCUCCCGGAAUUACUAAUGAAGCUGUUACUUCUCUACAUGAGUUGGAAAAUAACUCAUCUACAAAUACUGCAGGCAUUGUUGGCAAGGUAAAUGAAGGAUCUUCUGGUGCUUUCAGCUCAUAUCCUGAGGCUCGGAAGACUUCAUCUUCUCCUGGGGCAGAGGCUCCGGCAUCCAUGCCUACUGGAGUAGUCUUAGCAAACAUGCAUAAGAUGGUUCAGGGCGGUGAAACACUGGGACCACUAAGCAAGGAGAAUGCUUUAGGGAAAAAUGAGAUGGCUGAUCAUAGGGAUCAAGAUUCCGUUUCUCAACCUAAGCUGGAGGCCCCCCAAAAAGGCACAUGCAUUGGCUCGAGUGGUAAUAUGGAAAUGAGUACACAAAGAAAUACAAAGCCUAUCGAUAUGGGAAGAAUUCCUGGGUCUCAGGCUUCUGCCUCUUUGUCCGUGCCCUUUAAGGAACACCAACUGAAACAGCUCAGAGCCCAGUGUCUUGUCUUUCUAGCUUUCAGAAACAAUUUGGUGCCUAGGAAGCUUCAUCUUGACAUUGCACUUGGUGAAAGUUACCCAAAAGAAGGGGGCAAUGCAGAUGGAGCUCACAAAGAAGUAUCUUUAAAGGAGCCUGUUAACAGCCAUGGAAUCACGGCUCUGUCUGUAAAGCCAAGUGUAAACAGUGGAACUGGAAAGGAGAUGUUACUCACCAGAAACCUGCCAUUUUCUUCCUCUACUGGAAGUCCAGUGGAGAUGGGUGCCUCAUCAAAAGGCACAGAGGUCACAAAGAAGACGACAAAGAAUAAAAAAGGUCCAGCCUCAGAUCAAUCUUUCAUGAUUGAAGAAAGGAAAUGUCUACAGGAGGCUGACAUGAGGACUCAAGAAACUGCAGAUUCACUGACAGUGAUGGCUAGGCCUUUGGAAUCUGACUCUUUGAUGAAUGGUGGGAAGAACGGCCCUGAGCAUGGCCAUUGGCAAGUUGGCCAAGCAAAUCAUGCCUUCUCCUCUGUUCUUCGCUCAAGCAAGCAGCUAGAGCCUCAUAUGACUAGGUUGAUGGGAAUCAGCACUCUUAAUGAUGCUUCUAGGGAAAUGCAGACACCCACUUCAGUUGAGAGUGGACAUUUACAAGAGAAAAUAGAUAAUCCUUUUAACCAGUCUCAAGUUCUUAAGCACAAUGAUAGAGUUAGCAUAUUUCACAAAGCAGAUGUUCCCAUUUUCCGAACAAAUGCUCCUGUAGAUAAGUUCCCAUCUGCGUCAUUGGUAAAGGAGCAAACUAUGUCCAAUAUGGGCAAAAAAGAUAUUGAACAUGAUUACUUCAGGCAUAUGGUGAAGCCUCCAGUGGAUAUCAACAUGUACUCCAGACAUGUGGGUCACAUGGAGAAACUUCCAACUACUUCAGCACCAGUGAUCUCUAAUAGUGGGCCAGAUGAUCAGAGGCUUGCUGAUAUUCGAAGACAAUUUACUUCUGAUGGCUUCAAGGCUGUUGCCUUCCCUGGUACUGUGAUAUAUGGGAAUUCAGUUACCCAACUAGACAAAUCUGCGGAACAAGAAGAGGAAGACAUAUUACUUUCCAGUGAUGUGCCGGGUUCUUCUCUAAAGUACACCACCACAGAAAAGUGGAUUGUGGACCAACAAAAACGGAAACUUCUCGAACAAAAAAGCUGGGCAGUAAAACAGAGGAAGACAGAUGAAAGAAUUGCAGCACGUUUUGAUAAGUUAAAGGAAAAUGUAAGUUCGUGUGAAGAUAUUUCAAUUAGAACAAGAAGUGUCAUUGAGCUGAAAAAGCUUCAAUUGCUUCGGGUUCAACGCCGUUUACGAAGUGAUUUUCUGCAUGAUUUCUUCAAACCCAUCACACCUGACAUGGAGCGUUUGAAAUCAAUCAAGAAACAUAGACAUGGAAGGCGGAUGAAACAGCUUGAAAGACUUGAACAGAAAAUGAAGGAAGAGCGCCAGAAGCGGAUUCGUGAGAGGCAGAAGGAGUUCUUCAGUGAAAUAGAAGCUCACAAGGAAAGGCUGGAGGACUGCUUCAAGGUUAAGAGAGAACGCUGGAAGGGUUUCAAUAGAUAUGUAAAGGAGUUCCAUAAAAGGAAAGAAAAGACACAGAGAGAGAAGGCCGACAGAAUCCAGCGUGAGAAGAUUAACCUAUUAAAGAUCAAUGAUGUGGAGGGAUACCUUCGGAUGGUUCAGGAUGCAAAAUCAGAUCGUGUAAAGCAGCUCCUCAAGGAGACCGAAAAAUAUCUUCAGAAGCUGGGUUCAAAGCUACAGGAGGCAAAGGUCAUGGCGAGGCAGUUUGAGAUGGAAAUGGAUGAUAACCGAGCUACCAAUUUUCUUGAGAACAGUGAGAUCAUUGCGGAUAAUGAAGAUGAUGGUGACCAAGCACAGCAUUACUUGGAAAGCAAUGAGAAGUACUAUCUAAUGGCUCAUAGUGUAAAAGAGAGCAUAAGUGAGCAGCCAGCUUCUCUUGAGGGUGGAAAAUUAAGGGAGUACCAAAUGAAUGGUCUGCGAUGGUUGGUUUCGUUAUACAAUAAUCACUUGAAUGGGAUUCUGGCAGACGAAAUGGGCCUUGGUAAAACUGUUCAGGUUAUUUCUCUAAUGUGUUACCUAAUGGAAUCAAAAAAUGAUAAAGGACCAUUUUUGGUGGUAGUGCCAUCAUCUGUUCUAGCGGGGUGGGAAUCUGAAAUCAGCUUUUGGGCCCCGAGCAUGAUCAAAAUUGUAUAUUUUGGUCCUCCCGAAGAGAGGCGUCGGCUAUAUAGAGAAAAGAUCGUUCAUCAGAAAUUCAACGUCCUUCUGACAACAUAUGAAUACUUAAUGAACAAAAAUGAUAGACCAAGACUAAGCAAGAUUCAUUGGCAUUAUAUUAUAAUUGAUGAAGGCCAUCGAAUAAAGAACGCAUCUUGCAAGUUGAAUUCAGAUUUAAAGCAUUAUCAGAGCUCUCAUCGUUUGCUGCUGACUGGAACACCUCUACAGAACAAUAUUGAGGAACUGUGGGCGCUACUUAACUUCUUAUUGCCGAACAUAUUCAAUUCGUCGGAAGAUUUCUCUCAGUGGUUCAGCAAACCUUUUGAGAAUGGUGGUGAUAAUUCACCAGAUGAGGCUUUACUAUCUGAGGAGGAGAAUCUUUUGAUUAUAAACCGUCUUCACCAAGUCCUUCGACCUUUUGUACUUCGGAGGCUGAAACAGAAGGUUGCAAAUGAGUUGCCUGAGAAGAUCGAGAGGCUUGUAAGAUGUGAGGCUUCUGCCUAUCAAAAGCUUUUGAUGAAGAGAGUAGAGGAUAAUCUUGGUUUCAUUGGAAUUUCAAAGGGACGCUCGAUACACAAUUCUGUGAUGGAGUUGCGCAACAUAUGCAAUCACCCAUAUCUUAGUCAAAUGCAUACUGAGGAGGUUCAUAGCUUGAUACCUAAACAUUAUCUGCCACCGAUUGUGAGACUUUGUGGAAAGCUAGAAAUGUUAGACCGUUUACUACCCAAGCUAAAGGCAACUGACCAUCGGGUUCUCCUCUUCUCUACAAUGACUAGACUGCUUGAUAUUAUGGAGGAGUAUCUCUCCUGGAAAGGUUACAAGUACCUUCGCUUGGAUGGACAUACUUCAGGUAGUGAACGUGGGGCUCUUAUAGAGGAAUUCAACAGGCCAGAUUCUCCUACUUUUAUUUUUCUGCUCAGUAUUCGGGCUGGAGGCGUUGGGGUGAAUCUCCAAGCUGCUGACACAGUCAUCAUAUUUGAUACUGAUUGGAAUCCUCAGGUUGACCUACAGGCACAAGCAAGGGCCCAUAGGCUUGGCCAGAAGAGGGACGUACUUGUUCUGCGUUUAGAGACGAUUAACACUGUGGAGGAACAAGUUAGAGCUGCAGCGGAGUACAAACUGGGAGUAGCUAAUCAGAGCAUUACUGCUGGCUUUUUUGACAAUAAUACCAGUGCUGAGGAUCGAAGGGAGUAUCUGGAGUCCCUCCUUAGGGAGUGUAAGAAAGAAGAAGCUGCUCUAGUUUUAAACGAUGAUGCUCUCAAUGAUCUCAUAGCCCGCAGUGAAUCAGAGAUUGAGAUAUUUGAAUCAGUGGACAAACAAAGGCGUGAAGUAGAGAUGGCAGCAUGGCAGGGGCAACAAGAAAGAAGCAAGGAUGAUCCACUACUUAUUCCUCCUCGUCUUAUAACAGAUGAAGACUUGAAUGCAUUCUAUAAAGCUUUGGAGGCAUAUGAAGCAUCACAGGUCAUGGUAAAGCGGAAAACUGCGGAGCUUGAUUCCCAACUAUAUGGAAGGGGUAAACGGGCAAGAGAGGUACGCUCAUAUGAAGAUCAAUGGACAGAAGAAGAGUUUGAAAAGCUUUGUCAGGUGGAUUCCCCUGAACACCCUGAACCAAAGGAAAUACCAGAAGAAGCAGCAAACAUUCCAUCUGCAUCAAAUGAUGCAGGUGGGUCUAAGUUGGAGAAUAUUAAGUUGGAGAAUGCAGAAGCCCCACUGCAAUCAUCCAAAGAGCCACUGCCAUCCAAAGAGCUGAUGCCAUCCAAAGAACCACUUCUCCCAUGUAUUGAGGCACCACCUCCAUCUAAAGAGCCACCUCUGCCAUCAAAGGAGAUGCCAGCACCACCAUCCAAGGAGCCGCUGCCUCUGCCAUCCAAAGAGCCGCUGCCUCUGCCAUCCAAAGAGGCAGCUGCCUCUGAGCAGCUACCACCAUCUAAAGGCCCACCACUGCCAUCCAAAGAGCCAUCAUCAACGUACAACGAGUCACCACCUCCAGCAAGACGAGGGCGGGGUAGGCCAAAAAGAGCAACAACGGAUGGCUCAUCAUCUCCAAGGAUUCUUCCUAUGCCAUCUGAAACUGUCAGCCAACUGGAAAUGGGACCUCAAAGAGAAAUUCUCCCUGGUUCUGUCACUGAUUUUUCCCUGCAAAUGAAGGGUGGAAACACACAGCAUGAGUUAAAUGUUGGAACUACUCCCGGUUCGCUAACCUCUCCUGGUCAUGCCAUACCAUCUCAAGUCAAAGCCCAAGGCCGAAAGACUCAAAGUGGAUCCGCCAAACCUAGAGGACGGGCAAAGAAACAGAUUCCUGUUUCACCCACUAUUGCUCCUGAAGUCAGCCCAAUUUCAAGGUUGCCAAAGGAAAUAAGUUUGGAAACAGAUGCAUCUCUUGGGUCAGCUUCUGCCCAGGACAGGAAAAGGUUACUUUCAGGAACUUCAAAUGCACCUGCUGUUAGUUUUGAGGUUAGCCCUAUUUCUGGGCUGCAAAAACCGGCUGAUGUGGUUUCCCUUGCUCAAGAGAAACAUACAAGUCUAGCACUUGCACCCAUAAAAAGGGAAACUGAAAUGGCGUUUCCAGUUUCUGUGGUGAAAGCUGCUGCUACUUUUGUAACCAAACCUGAACCAAGCACAGACCAUAUAUCCUUGAUGGCAUCAAAGGAACAUGAUAGUGUGAAGACCAGUGCGAUGCAAGCUGGAUUGGAGCAAAAUCUUAGCCAAUCUCUGACCGUUGUUCCAGAGAAACAUAAGAGUACAUUACCUGUUCUGGAGAAAAAAGAAAAAGCAAGGGCAUCUCCAGUUUCUAAUGUGAAAGCUGCUGCUUUUGGAACCAAAUCAACACCAAGCGCAGUUCAUACAUCCUUGGUGGAAUCAAAGAAGCAUGAUAAUGCCAAGACCAGUUUGGCACCAGCAAGACAGGAGCAAAAGGUCAGUAGCCAAUCUUCAACUGCUUCUCAAGAGAAACAUAAAAGCAUAUUACCUACAUUGGACAGAAGGAAAAAUGAAAGGGUUAGUCCAGUUUCUGAGGUGAAAACUGCUGCUUUUGAAACCAAAUCAGCAUCAAUCGUGGAAAGUACAUCUUCAGUAGAGUCAAAGAAGCAUGUCCGUGCAAAGAAUGCUGUGGCGCGAGCUGGGAAGGAGCAGACGGUUGGUCGAUCUGCAACUGUUGCUCAGGAGAAAGAAAAGACUACAUUUUCUGUUCCGGGGAAGAAGGAAAGUGAAAGGAUAGAUCAAGCUUCCGAGGGUAGAGCUUCUGCCUUUGAAACCAAACCAGCACUGAGCACGGAUCAUGCAUCCUUGGUAGAAUCAAAGAAGCAUGAUAGUCCGAAGGUCAGUGUGAUGCAAACUGGACCAGAGCAAAAGGUCAAUAGCCAGUCUCCAACUGUUGCAUCUACAUUAGCACAUGAUCUGAUGGAGAGGCAAGACCUUCAGAUGGUGUCCUCUGAAAUGACUUCUGACCAGAAGUGGAAAGUAACUGAAAAAUCAGAAUCUUCUGUUCCAAGCAGCCAGAAAGCAGCUACUUCUGGUCCCUCUAAAGCAGUCCCUCCAAGCAGUUUCAGGGAUACUAUGGCUCAUAAGGAGCUCCACAUGGCCAAAACUGUUGAAGUUGUGGACAAUGUGCAUCCCAACAGUGCACUUGAUAUGAGCUCCCAAGCUGUGAAGAAUGAAGCAUUAUCUGUUGCAGCACCUGUACACCAAAAGCAACCACCCAUGGAAAAGAAUAAGAGAAAGUUAUCUGCCAGAGCUAAACCAGGAACUGAGGGGAAAGCUUCACUUUCCACUACUGUGCAUGCUACAGUUGAGGCGAAAAAUGCAUGUAUUUCUGAGUCAGCACCACUAACAGGCCUUGCUUACCUGUUGGGGUCGAAGGAGCCUAAUAGCAAUGAUAACACCACAAAGGUCAUCACCAUGGGAGAUGGACAGGGGAAUGGUACUAAGCAACCAGUGACUGGUAAGUUGGGGGGGACAAGCCUUGAGAUUCAGCCCUCUGUUACAGUAUCUAUGCUGAAGCCAAACCCUACUCCAAACUUGGAACAUCCUGUCCAAAUUGCCCGGAAAUCAGAUGUGUCAACAAUGGGAAAGAAGGCUCCCAGUUUAGGGGUCAAGAGUUCUUCCCACAUGGAAGCAAAUGAAGUCAAAUGUGAUGAACAUGCUAAACUUGGUAGCAAAGUUCAGGUCAUCAAAGCACAAGACACUUACUCCAAUGAUGCUACAAAGGACAAAGACGAUGCAGCUGCAGUUGGCUUAUCUCAAACCUCCAUUGGUGUAUCAUCCAUGGGGCAACCUCAAGUGGAUGGUAGAGAUGUUGUUUCUUUGACAAAGGCACCAUCUUUGGAAUCACAGCCAUCUGAAACUACAAACGCAGAGACUUUAAGCAAUAAGUCUUUUGGAGGGAAUAAAGAUGGCGCUGUCCAUGCUGCCUCUGGAAAGAGUAAAACCUUUUCUGAAGGAGUGCGUCAGUCACCACGGCGCCGAACUCGGGCAUCUUCGACAACGGUGUCCUCAAACACCUACCCACCAAUUGAGAAACGGGUAACCCGGUCUGCAGGGAGAAGCACUAGAACACUGUCCAAAGUAAAUGAAUCUCAAGAAGAUAGAAGUACUGCAUCCAAGGAACCCAAUACAGAGUCUAAAGAAGCUUCAUUAGUGAGAAGUGUUGGGAUAGUAAACCCUGCGACAGUGGUUCCUGUGCCUCUUACAUUCCCUACUGUAGUGAAGGAGCAACUUAUGGUUAGUGAAGCCAACCCCAACCCCAUUUGCAGUGCUGCUGAAAAUUCAGGAGAAUCAAGGCAAAUGAGCCAGGAGAAUUUGCUUAUGGAGGGCUGCAGGGAGGUUACCUGUUGUGAUCCUAUUGUUCCACAAGAUUGUGAUGCUUCCCAUGGGGAACCUGUCUCUUCCAAAGGGUCAGAAGCUCUAACAGCAAAUGAUUGUUGCACAGGUGCUGCUAAGAGCUCAACAGAUUCAAGACAGGAAAAUUGCAAGGUUGAGGGCGUAUCUAAUAAGGAUUCUAAGGUUGGAUCCAGGGAAAAAGAAGCGUCAACAGGAAAUGAAGAUUCGUCUUCCUCUCUCCCCCCGAGAAAGGAAGACGAGAGGAUUGAUGGCACAUCCAAGAGUGAUUUAAUGGGGAGUGCAGACUCUGAUGUACCAUUGGAAAUACCACGUGCCAGAGUUGAAACAAAAACAGCAGGAAAUGCAGAUUCAUCUCUCUCUCCCUGCUUGAGAGGAGAAGAUGAGAAUGUUGAUGGCCCAUCAGGGCAUGAUUCUAGGGUGUUCAUUAACUCUGGAAUUCCCGUGGCCACACCACAGGUGGGAGUGGAAGAAAAAGAGUUAUCAAGUGGAGAAGAAAAGUCAUCUUUGUCUCCUCUGAAAUUGGAUGGCGAGAACGUUGAUGGUACAUCCAAGAAGGAUUCCAUGACAAGCACGGGCCCUGAUGAUCCCAUGGACAUUUGUAGUGUUGGAGCUGAAAAAAAGGAAUCAGUUGCAGUAAAUGCAGAUUUGUCUUUCUCUCCUGACUUGACAGAAGAAGACGAGAAGUUCGACGGUCCAUCUGGGAAGGAUUCUACAGUUGUCAUCAACUCUGAUGAUCUGGUGGACGUUCCUCAGGUUGGAACAGAAGAAAGAAAAGCAUCAACAGGAGACUUGAAUCCAUCUUCAUCUUCCUCUUUGAGAGUGGAAGUUGAGAAGGUUGAUUACCCAGCUGAGAAGGGUUCUAUGGAGAUAGUUAACUCUGAUGUUCCAAUAGGCACAAUGCAAGUUGUAACUGAAGAAAAAGAGGCAUUGGCACAGGUUGGAACUGAAGAAAAAGAAGCAUUGGCAGCAGAUGCAGAUCCAUCGUUGUUUCCAUCUUUGAAAGCAGAAGAGAAGAAGGUCGAAUGCCCUUCUGUAAAUGAUUCUGCUGUGAUGAUUAACUUUGAUGAUCCAAUGGGCACACCACAGCCACGGGUCGGACCUGAAGUAAAAGAAGCAUCUGCAGGAAUUGCAGAUUCAUCUGUGUCUCGCACUUCAAGAGCUGAAGGUCAGAAGGUUGGCUGCCCAUCUUGCAAGGAUUCUACAGGGAUCGUUAACUCUGAUGAUCCUACGGACAGACAAGGGGUUGGAGCAGAAGAAGAAAAAGAAGCAUUAGCUGGAAAUGCAUAUUCAUCUCCAUCUCCUUCUUUGAAAGCGGAAGGUGAGAAGGUCGAUUGCCCAUCUGAGAAGGAUCAAGUGGGCAUUGCUCAGUUUGGAACUGGACAAAAAGGAGCAUCAACAGGAAAUGCAAAUCAAUCUUCUUCUUCCACCAUAAGGGCAGAUGGUUUCAAGGACGAUGACUCAUCUGUGAAGGAUUCUGGUGAUUCGAUUGACAUACCACGCACUGGAGCAGAAGAAAAAGAAUCAUUGAAAGGAAAUGCAGAUCUGCUUAUGUCCUCAGCCUUGGGAGAGGAAGAUGUGACGGUUGAUGGCCCAUAUGAGAAGGAAUCUAUGGUGAAUACCAAGAGCGGCGAUCUGAUGGACGUUCCUGAAUUUAACUCUGAUGAAAAAGAACCAUCGACAGAAAACGCAGUUUCAUUUUUAUCUCCAUCAACAGAGGAAGUUGCCAAGCUCGAUGAUUCGCCUCGGAAGGAUUCUAAGGUUGGAUCUCAAGAAAAGGGAGCUUCAAAAGGAAAUGCAGAUUCAUCUUUGGCUCCCUGCUUGAGAGCGGAAGGUGUGGACAUUGAUGACACAUCCAGUAAGGAUUCAGUGGAAAAUAUGGGCUCUGAGGAUCCCAUGGACAUACAUUGGUUCGGAGCUGAAGAAAAAGAAACAUUGAAGGGAAUUGCAGACCGGUCUGUUUCUCCCUCACAAGAGGAAGAUGAGAAGGUUAAUGGGGACACAUUUGAGAAGGAUUCGAAGGUUGGAUCUGCAGAAAAUGAAGCAUCCAAAGGAAAUGUGGAUUUGUCUUUGGCUCCCUGCUUUAAAGCAGAAGAUGUGGACAUUCAUGGCACACCCAAGAAGGAUUCAGUGGCAAAUGCAGGCUCUGAGGAUCCCAUGGACAUAUUCAGAGCUGAGGAAAACAAAGCAUCAACAGGAACUGCAGGCCCCAAUUUUUCUCCCUCACAAGAUGAAGAUGAGAAGGUUAGUGGGGAGACAUCCAAGGUUGGAUCUGAAGAAAAGGAAGCAUCUAAAGGGAUUGCAGAUUUGUCUUUGAUUCCCUGCUUGAAAGCAGAUGUGGACGUUGAUGGCACAUCCAAGAAGGAUUCAGUGGAAAAUACAGGUUCGGAGGAUCCCAUGGACAUGCAAUUGUUUGGAGUUGAGGAUAAAGAAGCAUCGAUGGGAACUGCAGAGCCAUCUUCAUCUCCCCUGCAGGGGGAAGAUGAGGAGGUUAAUGGCGUCAUAUCUGAGAAUGAUUCUAAGGUGAUUACCAAUCCUGAUGAUCUGAUGGGCAUACCACAGGGUGGGGUCAAAGAAAAGGAAGCUCCAGAAAGAAUUCUGGAUUCGUCUUCUACUCCAUCUUUGAGAGUAGAAGACGAGAGAGCGAAAAAUGCAUCCAAGAAGGAUUCUGAGGUGUGUACAGCUUCUGAUGAUCCAAUGGACAUUCCUUUCAUUCGUGAUGAAGCAAAAGAGACAUUGGCAGGAAAUUCAAACCCAUCUUCAUCUCAUGCAAGAGUGGAAAAUUGCAAGGGUGAGGGUGUAUCUGAUAAGGAUUCUAAGGUUGGAUCCAGGGAAAAAGAAGUGUCAACAGGAAAUGAAGAUUUGUCUUCCUCUCUCCCCCCGAGAAAGGAAGACGAGAGGAUUGAUGGAACAUCCAAGAGCGAUUUAAUAGGGAGUACAAACUCUGAAGUACCAUUAGAAAUACCACAUGCCAGAGUUGAAACAAAAGCAGCAGGAAAUGCAGAUUCAUUUCUCUCUCCCUGUUUGAGAGUAGAAGAUGAGAAGGUUCAUGCCCCUUAUGGGCAUGAUUCUAAGGUGUUCAUUAGCUCUGGAAUUCCUGUAGCCACACCGCAGGUUAGAGUGGAAGAAAAAGAAGCAUCAAGUGGAGAUGAAAAGUCAUCUUCGUCUCCUUUGAAAUCGGAAGGCGAGAACGUCGAUGGUAUAUCCAAGAAGGAUUCCAUGACAAGCACAGUCUCUGAUGAUCCCAUGGACAUUUGUAGCGUUGGAGCUGAAAAAAAGGAAUCAUUUGCAGGAAAUGCAAAUUUGUCUUUUUCUCCUGACUUGAUAGAAGAAGACGAGAAGUGUGAUGACCCAUCUGGGAAGGAUUCUACUGUUGUCAUCAACUCUGAUGAUCUGGUGGAUAUUCCUCAGGCUGGAACAGAAGAAAGUAAAGCAUCAACAGGAGACUUGGAUCCAUCUUCAUCUUCCUCUUUGAGAGUGGAAGAUGAGAAGGCUGAUUGCCCAGCUGAGAAUGAUUCUAUGGAGAUGGUUAACUCUGAUGUUCCAAUAGGCACACCGCAGGUUGGAACUGAAGACAAAGAGGCAUCGUCAGGAAAUGUAGAUUCAUUUUCAUCUCCCACACCGAGAGUGGAAGAUGAAAAAAUUGGUGACCCAUCUGGGAGGGAUUCUACAGUGAUCAUUAACUCAGAUGAUCCAAUGGACACACCACAGGUUGGACUCGAAGAUAAAGAAGCAUCGGCAGCAGAUGCAGAUCCAUCAUUGUUUCUGUCUUUGAAAGUGGUAGAGAAGAAGGUCGACUGCCUAUAUGUAAAUGAUUCUGCAGUGAUAAUUAACUUUGAUGAUCCAAUGGACACACCACAGCCACGGGUUGGACUGGAAGUAAAAGAAGCAUCUGCAGGAAUUGCAGAUUCAUCUCUGUCUCCCACUUCAAGAGCUGAAGGUGAGAUGGUUGGCAGCCCAUCUUGCAAUUAUUCUACAGUGAUCGUUAGCUCCGAUGAUCCAGCGGACAGACAAGGUUUUGGAGCAGAAGCAAAGGAAGUGUUAGCAGGAAAUGCAUAUUCAUCUCCAUCUCCCUCUUUGAAAGCGGAAGGGGAGAAGGUCGAUGGUUCAUCGGAGAAGGAUCAAGUGCACAUUCCUCAAUUUGGAACCGGACGAAAAGAAGCAUCAACUGGUAAUGCUAAUCAAUCUUCUUCUUCCACCGUAAGGGCAGAUGGUUUCGAGGACAAUGGCCCAUCUGUGAAGGAUUCUGGUGAUUCGAUUGUCAUACCUCGCACUGGAGCAGAAGAAAAAGAAUCAUUGAAAGGAAAUGCUAAUCUACUUUCGUCCUCGGCCUCUAGAGCAGAAGAUGAGAAGGUUGAUGGCCCAUCCGAGAAGAAAUCUACUGGGGGUAUCAAGAGCGAUGAUCUGAUGGAUGUUCCUGCCUUUGUCUCUGACGAAAAAGAACCAUCGACAGAAAAUGCAGUUUCAUCUUCAUCCCCAUCUACAGAAGAAGUUGCCAUGGUCGAUGACUCUCCUCCGAUGGAUUCCAAGGUUGGAUCUCAAGAAAUGGUAGCAUCAAAAGGAAAUGCAGGUUCGUUUUUGGCUCCCUGCUUGAAAGCAGGUGUUGUGGACAUUGAUGGCACAUCGAAUAAGGAGUCAGAGGAAACUAUGGGUUCCAAGGAUCCCAUGGACAUACAUUGGUCCGGAGCUGAAGAAAAAGAAACAUUGAAGGGAAUUGCAGACCCAUCUUUUUCUACCUCGCAAGAGGAAGAUGAGAAGGUUAAUGGUGACACAUUUGAGAAGGAUUCUAAGGUUGGAUCUAAAGAAAAGGAAGCAUCCAAAGGAAAUGUGGAUUUGUCUUUGGCUCCCUGCUUUAAAGCAGAAGACAUGGACAUUCAUGGCACACCCAAGAAGGAUUCAGUGGCAAAUACAAGCUCUGAGGAUCCCAUGGACAUAUUCGGAGCUGAGGAAAAAGAAGCAUCCACAGAAACUGCCGGCAACAAUUUUUCUCCCUCACAAGAUGAAGAUGAGAACGUUAAUGGGGACACAUCUAAGGUUGGAUCUGAAGAAAAGGAAGCAUCUAAAGGGAUUGCAGGUUUGUCUUUGGCUCCCUGCUUGAAAGCAGAAGAUGUGGACGUUGAUGGUACAUCCAACAAAGAUUCAGUGGCAAAUACAGGCACUGAGGAGCCCAUGGACAUACAAUUGUUUACAGCUGAAGAUAAAGAAGAAUUGAUGGGAAUUGGAGAGCCAUCUUCAUCUCCCCUGCAGGAGGAAGAUGAGGAUGUUAAUGGUGGCAUUUCUGAGACGAAUUCUAAGGUGAUUUCCAACCCUGAUGAUCUGAUGGGCAUACCAAGGGGUGGGGUCGAAAAAAAGGAAGCUCCAGAAGGAAUUCUGGAUUCAUCUUCUACUCCCUAUUUGAGAGUAGAAGACGAGAGAGCGAACAACGCAUCCAAGAAGGAUUCUGAGGUGUGUACAAUGGACAUUCCUUUGGUUGGUGAUGAAACAAAAGAGAGAUUGGCAGGAAAUUCAAACCCAUCUUCAUCUCAUGCAAAAGAGGAAGAUUGCAAGGUUGGGGGCAUAUCUGAUGAGGAUUCUAAGGUUGGAUCCAGGGAAAAAGAAGUGUCAACUGGAAAUGCAGAUUCGUCUUCAUCUCUUCCCCCGAGAAUGGAAGAUGAGAAGAUUGAUGGCACUCCCAGGAGUGAUUUAAUGGGGAGUACAGACUCUGAUGUACCAUUGGAAAUACCAUGUGCCAGAGUUGAAACAAAAGCAGCAGGAAAUGCCGAUUCAUCUCUCUCUUCCUGCUUGAGAGGAGUAGAUGAGAAGGUUGAUGGCCCAUCUGGGCAUGAUUCUAAGGUGUUCAUUAACUCUGGAAUUCCUGUGGCCACACCACAGGUGGGAGUGGAAGAAAAAGAGUUAUCAAGUGGAGACGAAAAGUCAUCUUCAUCUCCUCUGAAAUCGGAUGGCGAGAACGUUGAUGGUACAUCCAAGGAGGAUUCUAUGACAAGCACCGGCCCUGAUGAUCCCAUGGACAUUUGUAGUGUUGGAGCUGAAAAAAAGGAAUCAUUUGCAGUAAAUGCAGAUUUGUCUUUUUCUCCUGACUUGACAGCAGAAGACCAGAAGUUCGACGGUCCAUCUGGGAAGGAUUCUACAGUUGUCAUCAACUCUGAUGAUCUGGUGGACGUUCCUCAGGUUGGAACAGAAGAAAGAAAGGCAUCAAAAGGAGACUUGAAUCCAUCUUCAUCUUCCUCUUUGAGAGUGGAAGUUGAGAAGGUUGAUUGUUCUAUGGAGAUAGUUAACUCUGAUGUUCCAAUAGGCACACUGCAUGUUGGAACUGAAGAAAAAGAGGCAACAACCGGAAAUGCAGUUUCUAUUUCAUCUCCCACACCAGGGGGAGUGGAAGAUGAGAAAAUUGGUGACCCAUCUGGGAGUGAUUUUACAGCGAUCAUUGACUCUGACAUUCCAAUGGACAUACCACAGGUUGGAACUGAAGAGAAAGAAGCAUUGGUAGCUGAUGCAGAUCCAUCCUUGUUUCCGUCUUUGAAAGUGGAAGACAAGAACGUCGACUGCACAUCUGUAAAUGAUUCUGCUGUGAUCAUUAACUUUGAUGAUCCAAUGGACACACCACAAGUUGGAACUGAAGAAAAAGAAGCCUUGGCCACAGAUGUAGAUCCAUCAUUGUUUCUGUCUUUGAAAGUGGAAGAGAAGGUUGACUGUCCAUCUGUAUAUGAUUCUUCUGUGAUUAUUAACUUUGAUGAUCCAAUGGGCUCACCACAGCCACGGGUUGGACCUGAAGUAAAUGAAGCAUCUGCAGGAAUUUCAGAUUCAUCUGUGUCUCCCACUUCAAGGGCUGAAGGUGAGAAGGUUGGCAGCCCAUCUUGCAAGGAUUCUACAGUGAUCGUCAACUCUGAUCCAACAGACAGACAAGAGGUUGGAGCCGAAGAAGAAAAAGAAUCGUUAGCAGGAAAUGCAUAUUCAUCUCCGUCUCCCUCUUUGAAAGUAGAAGGCGAGAACGUCGAUGGCCCAUCUGAUAAAGAUCAAGUGGACAUUCCUCAGUUUGGAACUGGACGAAAAGAAGCAUCAACUGGUAAUGUUAAUCAAUCAUCUUCUUCCACCAUAAGGGCAGAUGGUUUUGAGGACAAUGGCCCAUCUGUGAAGGAUUCUGGUGAUUCGAUUGACAUACCACACACUGGAGCAGAAGAAAAAGAAUCAUCGAAAGGAAAUGCAGAUCUGCUUUCAUCCUCAGCCUCGAGACAGGAAGAUGAGAAGGUUGAUGGCCCAUCUGAGAAGGAAUCUACAGUGAGUACCAAAGGCAAUGAUCUGAUGGACGUUCCUGCAUUUGGUUCUGAUGAAAAAGAACCAUCGACAGAAAAUGCAAUUUUAUCAUCUCCAUCAACGGAGGAAGUUGCCAAGGUCGAUGACUUGCCUCUGACGGGUUCUAUGGUGAUGACGGACGCUGAUCUGAUGACCAUUUCUCAGGUUCACUCUGAAGAUAAAGCACCGCUGGUGGGAAAUGCGGCUUCAUCUUCUCCCUCAAGAGAGGAAGAUGCAAAGGUCAAUGGUGCAUCUGAGAAGGAUUCUACCGAUGGUAAGAACCCUGCUGAUCUGAUGGAUAUUUCUCAGGCUGCUGCUUUUGAAAAUGAAGCGGCGGCAUCAAGUGUGGAUCCACAAUCAUCAUUGAGAGAGGAUGAGAAAGUGGAUGGUGCUUCUAGGAAGGUUCCUUUGGUUAUCAACUCCAAUAAUCCAUCAGACAUUUCUGGGGCUGCUGCCCAAGGAAAGGAAACUUCUGCAUAUCAUGCUGUUCCAACUUCAUCUCCCUCCAGAGAAGAUGCUGAGAAGGAUGGCAAAGAUGGUAAUUAGACAAGCUGGGGUACACUGUAGGUAUUGGAUAACAUGUUGAAAUUUGCCCCCUCUGAUUUGGGGGAGUAGGAAAUCUAAAGAUUACUGUACAGGCAAGAGAGAAGGUGGUCGCUGUGAUUGCAGGCUACUGUAGGAUAUCCAUAACGUAGGGCCUGAUGUAACUGUAUUGUGCGGUCAAGUAUGAUGGCUGGCUGCUGUAGAAUAUCCAUUAGUCAGGGCAUGAUAUGUUACUGUAGUGUAGAAGAGCACUUCUCCUGUUUACUGUAUAUGUUCAAAAGGAGCUUUUCGCCUUGGCGAGCACUCAAUAAAAUUCACUUAGGCAUUUGCUCUC